CAUUUCAAACAAGGUGUCUUGAUUUGCUGGUUGUUUAGAUUUUCAGCUUCUCUGUGUGGCGUAUCAAUGGCGGGCACAGUGGCGUCUCCUCUCCUCGAUGUGCUAUGCGACAGACUGGACUCCCACGUCACUGCUUUGAGCGCAAACUUCAUACAGAUACGUCUCAAGCUAGCUGAAACUCAGGCCAUCCUGGAGGACACCAUCACCGAGCGCGGUGGAUCCGACCAAAUUCCGUCGAUCAGGAUCUGGCUCACCGUGCUGAGAGACCUCGCUUAUGAUAUCGAUGUAUUGAUCGAUGACUGGGAAAGAUCCAGAAAAUCUAAAGCAACCUGCUCCUUUCCCACCUCGUUGAACAAUUCUAAAAUUGACCAGGAGGUAAGGAGAAUCCAUGGACGUCUGGUUAGACACUUGAAUUUGCUCCGCGAGCUUGUCCCUGGUGUUCAACUAGAAAAAAUAUUUGUUUCUGAAGAGGGCUCUCAAAGAAGUGAUGAAUAUGUUGUCGGAAGAGAUUUUGAGAUAUCUAAUGUGAUGAACACCAUGUUUCGAAGCCAGGAUGGUGAGGAGAGAUUUCGUGUUAUCCCUAUUAUUGGGAUGGGUGGAAUCGGGAAGACGGUUCUCGCUCAAAGAAUUUUCAAUGAUGAGAAGGAAAUACCUGUUGUAAAGUAUGGUGAAAGUACUAAUAGCGAUGAGGUUGUGUUUGAGUUCGAAAAGCCAUGGGAGAACAAGAGAUUCUUGAUUGUUUUGGAUGAUGUAUGGGAUGAAGAUGAGAAAAAAAUUGAGGAACUGAAAUCAUGGUUAAACGUUGGUGAUUCAGGAUCUUGUGUUCUUGUCACUAGUCGCUCUGGCCGUGUUGCUGCUUUGAUGGGCACAGUUCCUGCACAACACUUGAAAUGUUUGUCUGAUGAGGAUUCUUGGGCUAUUUUUGAGCAUUUCGCAUUUGUAUCAAUGCAGGAAGAGAGUGGUGAAUUGGAACAAAUUGGUCAAGAUAUUGUUGGCAAGUGCAGGGGAUGGCCUCUAGCAAUCAAGAGUGUAGGCAUCUUGUUGCGUAAAAAAAACAAGCAAGAAUGGUUGUCUAUUGCGCAAUAUGGUUUAUGGAUUUUGGGGGAAUUGAAUUCUCAUCUCUUGUCAGUUUUAAAGCAGAGUUAUGAUCAUUUACCUUUGUAUCUGAAGCAAUGCUUCGCCUUUUGUUCACUUUUUCCGAAGGACUAUUGGAUCAACAAGGAGAAGUUAGUCCAAUUGUGGAUAGCUGAAGGAUUCGUUAGAUCGAAAGAUGGAAGUAACGAAUUACAAGACAUUGCGAAUGACUACUUCGAAGAAUUGUUGCAGCAUUCAUUCUUUCAAGAUGUAGUGAGAGAUGAUUUGGGGCAAGUGUUAGUGUGCAAAAUGCAUGAUUUUAUGCAUGCUCUUGCAGUCAAGGUUGCGGGGCUUGAAUGCUCGAAUAUGUCUAUCAGAGGUUCACAAAUAAUACGAAGAUAUGUUCAGCAUUGCUCUGUGCUUGGUGAUUUUACACAAUCAACAAUCCUGGAGAAAGAAAAACUGCGGACAUUGCUUUUGUUUUCAGGUAAGUUGGAACUUGGAGAAGUCUCUAGCCUGUUUCGAGGAUUUAGCUGUUUACGGGCAUUGAAUUUGAGUCAAACUGUCUUGAUUGAAUUGCCUGUUACUAUUGGUAGUUUAAAACAUUUGAGGUAUCUUGAUCUCUCUUAUACAUAUAUCAGAAGGAUCCCGGAAUCCAUCAGUAAGCUGAAGCAUUUGCAGACUUUGGAACUUUCUAAUUGUUACAACCUUGAAGAGUUACCCAAAACUAUCCCUCAGUUGACAAAUCUGAGGAUUCUGAAUAUAGAAUCAUGUUGUUCUUUGAUUCAUAUGCCUUCAGGAAUUGGGAAAUUAAAGCUUCUUAGGAAGCUUCCAGCGUUCAUUUUGGGUAAGCGACGAGAUAGUGCUAACCUACAAGAGCUGAAUUUUCUGAAUCUUGAAGGUAGAUUAGAUAUCAAGAAUCUUGAGAAUGUGAGAGAUGAAGUUGAUGGAUAUGAAGCAAAGCUACAUGAGAAAGUUCAUAUUCAUUCACUGGGAUUAUCCUGGAGUCGCGAUGCCAUUACAAGAGAUGAUAUUUCUACAACUCAUGUUAUACAUAGCCUUAGGCCACCCCAGGAUCUAAAAGUUUUGGAUUUAAAAGGAUACAGAGGUGCCAUGAUUCCUUCAUGGUUGAAUUCAGGUCUCACAAAUCUAGUGAAAGUUUCUAUUACUGAUUGCAGUUUUGAAAAACUUCCACCGCUGGGGCAAAUACCGACCCUCAAGGAUCUUUGUAUAAAAGGGUUGUCUGCAGUGCAAAUUAUAGGCCAUGACUUUUAUGGGAAAGGUACUGUCAGAGGAUUUCCAUCACUGAGACAGCUCGAGCUCUAUGAUAUGCCGAAUUUGUGGGAAUGGGAAUGCCUCACGAUGGAGAAAAUGGGUGGAGAGAUCACAAUUCAGGCCCCAUUUCCUAGCCUUGAGAAGCUGAUAAUUGAAGGAUGCAAUAUGUUGAUUGCCUUGCCAUUUACUCAACAUCUCAAGAACUUGGCUCUAUGCAACAGCAAUGAGAUGCUACUUUACUCACUUUCCCAUUUACCACCACUUCUCUCCCUUGUUAUCGACAGCUUUGAAGAGUUUAAAUGCCCACCUGAUGAUUAUGGAAGCAUAAACUCUAUCGCGAAAUUGACUGUACACGAUUGCAGGACUUUGGGGACUCUCUUUGAUGUCAUUCAAAGCUACGCUUCUCUCAGGCAUAUUAGUAUUCUGCAUUGCUCUGAAUCGGGUUCUCUGCCUGUGAGCCUGGAAAAAUAUCAAUUUCUUCAGAAGUUGGAUAUUGUCGAUUGUCCUGGUUUGGUCCAUUUCCCUGAAAUCAUUCACCUUUCUUCUCUGAAAGAGUUGAGAAUUGAAGACUGUCCCAACUUGAAGUUGUCUCCCAGAAGUAUCAAAUUCUUGGACUCUAUUUCUAGGUUGGUGAUCAAAAGAUGUCUUGAAUUAGAGAGACAACUUGAGAGAAGGAAAUUCCAGAUAGAUUCAUCUAUGCACCACGAGGAGAUUGAAGUUGAAAGUGAUUUGGAAGACGUUGACAUUGAAGCUGAAGGCCCUGAUCAGUCACCCGAAAUCCAACACUGGACGCCGGACGGCUAUGGGCCAAGGUGAUUCUUUUAAUGGAUAAUCCUGAACUUUCUGAACUGUUCCCAUGUCUUUUUCUGAUCAGGUGCUUUGCAAAGUUGUCAUAUUCCAGAUCACAAACGAGUUUGAGAUUCAGUUUAUAAGACUUGAGCUCUCCUAAUUAAGUAGACGCGAUUUGAGUUUUAAGGAGAUAAAAGACAGUGUUGAGGAUGUGAAAUCUCUUAAAUUUGAAAUCAACCAGUUGACAAAGUUUAGUUCUCUUUGUUCUAAUUUUCUGGAAAUGGAGCAUUUUCAAGAGUUCCUGAAGAAAGGACACCCUGGAACAUCUUGGAGAAGUGCUUGGCCCCCAUGAGAGUAUAUCAACUUCUUUGAUAUGCACCCCAUUAAAAGGAACAAUAAUAGAGAUUAAUAUAGAGAAGAAUAUGUCUAUUCUUUGACUACAAUUGUGAAGAUCAUUUUAUGUAUUUAUGUUUUUUUUUUUUUUUUUUUCUUCUUUAAUGA